UCUAGACCAAUCAGAUCAGAGCUUGGAGGACAUUGUGAAGAACGGACAGAUCUUCCUUUGUGACCUGCAAUUGUGCAAUUGUCUGGGUCGUCUCAAUCAAGUUAUUCAAAAUAUUGCCAUCUUUUAUUCCCGAAAUACCGCUGGUGAAUAAAUAACCAAAAACGUCACCUUUCAAAACUGGGGCUAAAACGUUUCGCCUUGUUUUGAAAAGUAUUCUGAAUUUGCUUCAGACUCCCGUAUGACAACACUGUGUUCCAUGUCCCGCCUAUAUCACAGUAAUGACCAAUGAAAACACAGGGACAUCUCUGAUAUACCAAUAGUUACGCGAGCUUCAACGCGGUUCCUGGACCCUUACCUAGCUAGCUGUGAGUCGCGUUUGGGAAAUGGCGGCGGUGCAAGAUGGGUCGAUCGAACCGGAGAAUGAAAAAGAAAUGAAAACAGAACCGUUGAACGAUGCAGCAGGAAAUCACGCUGCCUCGGUUGGCGGUGUUCUUUCCACGUCUCCGGUCGCAUCAUCGGUCGGAACCCCGAAAACGAACACGGGGUCCGAUGAACAGCAGACCUUGAUUGCUGUAUUGCAGUUUCUGAAGAGGAACAAGUUGAUCGAAUCUGUCGAUAUUCUGCGCCGUGAAGCUGGCAUUUUGGAAGAUAUAGACGACUCCCAGGGUUCGGAAGCAACGGGAACAGGAUCAGGUAGUGGUGGGAAUGCAGGUGUUGAGGGUAGGGAUGCAACAUCCUCUCUUUUCAACCGCGUGUCAGUGGCCACCACCGCCCCUUCAAUCAUUGCAACUCCGGCGCCAGCGAAAGGUGGAGAGGACCAACCCGACGUAAACGUCGUCCUAUCGGCGUACAGCCAGCAGGGGGACCCGGUUCUUUACCCGGUUUAUUAUAAUGGGCUGAAGAACUUCAUUGAGUCGGUGUUGGACUGUCACCGAGCCGAACUCUCCCAAGUGUUCUACCCUCUCUUUGUGCAUAUGUAUUUGGAGCUCGUGUACAACAACCACGAAAACGAAGCGAAAGCAUUUUUCGAUAAAUUCAGCGGAGACCAGGAGUGUUACUACCAGGACGAUUUGCGCGUGCUGUCGGGGCUGAGCAAAAAGGAGCACAUGAAGGGGAACGAGACGCUGCUGGACUUCCGCACCAGCAAGUUCGUGCUCCGCAUCUCCCGGGACUCCUACCAGCUGCUGAAGAGGCACCUGCAGGAGCGGCAGAACAACCAGAUCUGGAACAUCAUCCAGGAGCACCUCUACAUCGACAUCUUCGAUGGCAUGCCGCGGAGCAAGAGCCAGAUCGACAGCAUGUCGGGAAGUCUGGCGGGGGAGGCGAAGCGCGAGGCCAACAAGGCAAAGGUGUUCUACGGGCUGCUGAAGGAGCCUGAGAUCGAGGUGCCCCUUGACGAUGAGGACGAGGAGGCAGAAAAUGAAGAAGGCAAGCCCAAGAAGAAGAAACCUAAGAAGGACAGCAUGGGCUCAAAGAGCAAAAAACAGGACCCAAACGCCCCCCAGCCGAACAGAAUCCCUCUCCCAGAGCUGAAGGACUCCGACAAGCUAGACAAAAUUAUGAACAUGAAGGAGGCCACAAAAAGGAUUCGUUUGGGUCCUGAGACGCUGCCGUCCAUCUGCUUCUACUCCUUCCUCAACGCAUACCAGGGUUUGACAGCCGUGGACUUCACCGACGACUCCAGUCUGAUUGCAGGAGGUUUUGCGGACUCCACAGUACGCGUGUGGAGUGUAACGCCCAAGAAGCUACGCGGAGUCAAAUCGGCAGCUGAUCUGAGUCUGAUAGAUAAAGAGUCGGACGAUGUGCUGGAGAGGAUAAUGGAUGAAAAGACAGCUAGCGAGUCCAAGAUCUUGUAUGGACACAGCGGUCCUGUGUACGGCAUAAGCUUCAGCCCCGACAGGAACUACCUGCUGUCAUGCUCGGAGGACGGCACUGUCAGACUGUGGAGUCUGCAGACCUUCACGUGUCUGGUUGGGUACAAAGGCCACAAUUACCCAGUGUGGGACACUCAGUUUUCUCCAUAUGGAUACUAUUUCAUAUCUGGGGGUCACGACAGAGUCGCUCGGCUUUGGGCAACAGAUCACUAUCAGCCGCUGCGCAUGUUUGCGGGCCACCUCGCUGACAUCACCUGCACCCGCUUCCACCCCAACUCCAAUUAUGUGGCCACCGGAUCGGCAGACCGCACCAUUAGGAUGUGGGACAUCUUGAACGGGAACUGCGUCCGAAUCUUCACAGGGCACAAGGGGCCAAUUCAUUCCCUGGCCUUCUCGCCGAACGGGAAGUUCCUGGCGUCCGGAGCCACAGACGGCAGGGUGCUGCUGUGGGACAUCGGUCACGGCUUGAUGAUCGGAGAGCUGAAGGGCCACACGGACACGGUCUACGCCCUGAAGUUCAGCAGAGAUGGAGAAAUCCUGGCCUCAGCUUCCAUGGAUAACACGGUGCGGCUGUGGGACUCGGUGAAAGCGUUCGAUGACAUCGAGACGGAUGACUUCACCGCAGCCACAGGCCACAUCCACCUGCCCGAGAACUCGCAGGAGCUGCUCCUGGGAGCGUACAUGACCAAAUCCACGCCCGUCAUCCACCUGCACUUCACACGCAGAAAUCUGCUCUUGGCAGCAGGAGCGUACAACCCUUAGCAGCAUUCGUUUUAAACAAGAUUUCCUUGUUCCAGAGUACGUGCAUUGUACGUUCGUCAUCCUAAACGCAGAAUUCAAAAUGAUGUAGACUGCAGUUUGCUUGUUAGAUGGCAUGUAUUAUCUUUAUUGUUGGAUUACCUCUGUUGUUGAGAUGAGACUUGCCCCAGUAGUGAAAAAUAAGGAAAUGUUUAAACAAAGGUUGUUGGGGGCUAAAUGUGCAAAAACUAAAUGUUUGUCAAUUUGAACAGAUGAGACCCUUGUCAUUCAGAUGCCAUUGCUUACCGAAUCCAGCUAGCUGUUCUGUCUAGUUGACAAUUGGCUGUGGUCCUAUGCAUCGAGUGGCACUUUAAAUGAAAAAGAUUUUUUUAUUUUAUUGUUAUACAGUCACUGCCAGGAUCAGUUUCCUCAAUUAUGCCCACAUAUGUAUAGUCUUUUAUACAAUUACAUAGUGUAAAUAAAAACAUGUUUUCUAUGCAUCAUUGUACAUCUAUGUAUGUUUAUUUUAUGACCCAACUUGAGUUGAAAGGUUGCCAUCUUCAUAAAGAAUUCCGGCUGGGUACCACUUCUAUACAGCACAGCGCAGACAGGAAUCCCUC